UCUGUCCGGAGUGAGACACUCACUCAUGCACUCAAUUAGCGGUUAAUUACGAACCUGUGCUGCACUGCGUGUUUUACUGCGUGUGAUUCAUCACGGGGCUUAACGACGGCUGUAAAAAACAACAACAACCUGGACGAGACCGCUGGAUCCACCUCUGGAGAGAUAAACUGGGUGUUCAGACUCGGGCAGACAUGUCAGAAAGCGCCGGUUGCGAGUUUGAAAUCGACGUGGAGAGCCUGGAGACGGAGAGCGACGACCCGGCCGCCGGCCACGCAGCCGCCGAGGACGACGGAGACGGAGACUGCAGCAAGGCCGACGAGAAACCGGGGCCCAGCGGCGUGUGUCCCGGGGACCAGAGGAAGCUGAGCCGGACCCCGAAGUGCGCCCGCUGCCGUAACCACGGCGUGGUGUCCUGCCUGAAGGGACACAAGCGCUUCUGCCGCUGGAGGGACUGCCAGUGCGCCAACUGCCUGCUGGUGGUGGAGAGACAGCGGGUGAUGGCGGCGCAGGUGGCCCUGAGGAGGCAGCAAGCCACGGAGGAUAAGAAAGGAAUAUCUGGGAAACCAUUCCCAGCGGAGCGGAGGACGAUAUAUCAGCGGCACAUUCGACCGUCCACCAUGCUCGCCAAAAGCAUCCUGGAAGGAUACCGUCCGGUGCAGUCCGAUCCUUUCCUGGCAGCCAACGCAGCUCUCCCCCCGCCGCUGAGCGAUCGCAUGAGGAAGAGGAGGGCCUUCGCCGACAAGGAGCUGGAAACCAUCAUGCUGGAGCGGGAGUACAAAGAGCGAGAGCUGCUGGAGAACAGCCAGGGGGCCUCCCUCAUCUUCCCCAACAGCAUGGCUCACCACGCCGCCGAGUACAACUACAAGACGUCCUACUCGCCGGCGGCUCCGGCCGAGCCCCAGCCCAAAGAGCUGUGCAACUUCCUGGGCCCUAACUGCCUGGAUCUGUCCAUGCAGUACCCGGCUGGCUCGGCCAACGUGGAGCUCAUCUCCUCCAACGUCAGCGUGGCCACCACCUACCGCCACUACCCGCUGCAGCCGUCACGUGGCGGCUACAUGGUGUGGCCCCGCGGCACGGCCAACCUGGGUGACGCCCUGCUCUACCAGCAGUGCCUGUUCAACACCACGGCGGUGCAGAACAUGAAGCCGGGGGCGGUGUGGGAGCCCAAGGCGGUGCCAGCCGAGAGCCAGCCGCCGGAGCAGGAGGCCGCGGCCAAGCUAGAAGGAUCCCGAGCAGCUGCCCUGCCGGACUCGUCGGACCCUCAACGGCCUGAUCCCAAACCUCACGGCGUCACCCAGGGGGGGCAGCGGGAAUGCUCGGCCUUUUCUCCACCCAAGAGGAGCUUUGGACAAUCUUUCCCCAGCAACCCUCAUUCCCAAAACUCCAGCCAGGUUCUGAACAAGCUGAGCAAAGACAGCGCGAAGCUGUCCAUGAAACUCAACUCCUUUCACUCCCUCAUCCAGCACUCGCUGGGUGAGAAAACCAGCAGCGGGGCCGGGCUGGAGCUCCGGGCUCCGUACUGCAAAGAGCUCCUAGAGGAGGCCGCCCGGAAGUUCAGGGAGGGCUCCGCCAAGGACAUUCAGGCCGUGAAAAUCACCGACAGGUACGCCAAAGACUUUCUGUCCAAGCCCGUGGGGACCAAGAUGGCAUCCAGCGAGUCUUUGUCCUUCUCCGUGGAGGCCAUACUGAAGAGGCCCACGCCCGCCAUGAGUCGAGCAUUCCAUUAAUUUCCAUUAAGUGUCUCUUCUUGCACUAUGAACGUCAGGUUUGUCUCAGAAGGCGUCUCAAGUUGUGGUUUUUGGGGUCAAACUUAAUCUUAAACACACAGGCACUGCAUUAGAAGCUAGACCAGCUAGGAACAAUUUGUUUUCCCGAUGUAAUAUUUAUGUACAGUAUAUUAUAUUUUCCAUGUGCAUGUUUUAAUAACUUUAUUGUGUAGAGUAUUU